CAGGAGCGGGAGAGACUGGGGGAGCCUCGCCCCAGCACGCCCAAGGCAGCCCCCGGCCAUGGCACCAGCCAGCCCCGCCCAGCUCUUGGGGCAGAGAAGGCUGCUGCCAGGGGCCUGGCUCCCCGGCCCUGCGCGGCGCCCAGUCACAUGGUGUCUGAUCUCCCUGCCCAGCGCGGCCGGUCGCGCUUCCUGGGCCGGGCAGGAAGCAGCAUGGAGCUCGGCCGCGGCUGCUGAGAGAGGCGGCAUCGGAUUGGACUCUGCGUCCGGGGCCCCGGAGCGGCUGCCCGGAUGGCUGCGCAGGGCUCUUCAGGGGAGGCCAUGGACCAGCGGCUCCAGCAGGCCCAGAUAUUCAAAGAGGACGGGAACCGGUGCUACAAGGAGGGGCGCUUCAGAGAUGCCGUGAGCCGCUACCACCGGGCACUGCUGCAGUUGCGAGGGCUGGACCCCAGUGUACCCUCUCCCCUGCAGGCCUUCGGGCGCGAGCAGCCGCCAGUGACACCUGAACAGGAGAGGGCACUGCACGGCACCCAGACCGACUGCUACAACAACCUGGCUGCCUGCUUGCUCCACAUGGAGCCAGUGAACUAUGAGCGGGUGAAGGAGUACAGCCUCAAGGUGUUGGAGAGGCAGCCUGAGAACCCCAAGGCCCUGUACCGCGCUGGCGUGGCCGCCUACCACCUGCGGGACUAUGACCAGGCCCGGCACUAUCUCAUGGCGGCCUCAUGCAGCCAGCCCCGAGACGCCAACGUCAAGCGGUACCUGCAGCUGACAGAGUCCCAGCUCAGCACCUACCACCAGAAGGAGAAGCAGCUCUACAUGGGGAUGUUCAGCUAGCGAAAUCAAGGCUCCCCCAACCAGAUACCACCAGGGCCACAUGGAUGCACCCCCCUUUCCUGGACAGAACUCCAGGGCCACGUGGAUGCACUCCCCCUUCCUGGACAGAACUCCAGGGCCACGUGGAUGCACUCCCCUUUCCUGGACAGACUGCCAGGCCACAGGGACACCCCCACUGACAUAACACCAGGGUAACGGGGAUAUGUCUGGCUUUCCAUUGAUGGCCUAGGACCCAUAAGGUCAGUUGGGACCUGGAUUGCUAGAGAGGAAACCCCAGGCUGGUGGCUAGGACCUGCUUGGACUGCUCCCCUUUCUCUUGUCUGAGGACCAGUGUCCUCUCUGUUGCUCCCAAGGGCCUGGGCAUUCCCAGAGUCACAACUGCACAGGCUCAACCACCCCAUGGUUGUGGGGCCACAGACAGGGAACGUGGGCUGGAUCAUUAGCUGUGUCACCCUGCUGGCCCUCUUCAUAAAGUGACCUGUCUCCC